AUUUUCCUCUGCUUCCCAUCAAAAGAUGUCCACUAAAGUUCAUGUAGGUACAGGGAUGGAAGUGGGUGGAGAAGGUGAGUCUGAAGGAGGGAAGGAGAAAUGGAAGAAACAUAUUCAUGUUUCUGCUGAGAAAAUUAAAAAAUUUCCAAGGUUCUUGUGGGAAAGGAUCUGGAAAGUUGGCCGGGAUGAUCCAAGAAGGGUAAUCCAUUCAUUGAAGGUUGGUCUAGCUCUGACACUAGUUUCCUUGUUAUAUUUGGUGGAGCCAUUGUUCAAAGUGGUCGGAUCCAAUGCCAUCUGGGCUGUCAUGACUGUGGUUGUUGUCCUAGAGUUCACAGCAGGGGCAACUUUAUGCAAAGGAUUGAACAGGGGAUUCGGGACCUUCUCAGCAGGAUUAUUGGCAUUCCUCAUUGAGUUCAUUGCCAAUAAAUCUGGUAAAAUUUUCCGAGCUGUUUUCAUUGGAGCUGCAAAGAACUAUGACUAUGGUGUGGUGAUAUUCCUCUUGACAUUCAAUCUGAUUACUGUCUCGAGCUACCGUCUUGAAGUAUUAAAGAUAGCACAUGAUCGGUUUUAUACCAUUGCCAUAGGCUGUGUUAUCUGUCUUUUCAUGAGCCUACUGGUAUUUCCAAUUUGGUCAGGGGAAGACCUUCAUAAUUCCACUGUAGGCAAGCUAGAAGUGCUAGCUAAAUGCAUAGAAGCUUGUGUCAAUGACUACUUCAACGACGCUGAGGUACAAGUGAACAAAGAUAAUGCAUCUGAGGAUCCCAGCUAUAAAGGUUACAAGGCAGUAUUGGAUUCAAAAUCCAUCGAUGAAAGCCUCGCGUUGUAUGCAAGCUGGGAGCCUAGACAUUCAAAACACUGUUACAAAUUUCCAUGGCAGCAGUACGUGAAAAUUGGAGCUGUUCUUCGCCAGUUUGGAUACACAGUUGUAGCUUUGCAUGGAUGCUUGCAAACAGAAAUUCAGACGCCACGCUCUGUUCGAGCCUUGUUCAAAGACCCCUGUAUUCGACUUGCACGAGAACUAUCCCAAGAUCUGUUAGAACUUGCUAACAGCAUUAGAAACCGACGCCACUGCUCGCCUGAAAUACUCUCUGACCAUCUUCAUGAAGCCCUGCAAGAUCUCAACACUGCAAUAAAGUCCCAACCCAGACUCUUUCUCGGCUCCAACAGCAACCAAGCCACCAACGUACUUGCACUGGCGGCCGCACAUGCAGCCGGCCACCAGAGGCAACAACAGAAGGACGGUGCGGCUUCAUUAUCGAGCGUGAAGACGGACUCCUGUGCACUGCGGGAGUGGAAGAGCAAAAGAACAAGCAUAGAAAAGGAGAACGAGAGGAAGGUGUUGAGGCCGCAGCUGAGUAAGAUUGCAAUCACCAGCCUGGAAUUCUCUGAGGCACUACCCUUUGCAGCAUUUGCGUCUUUGCUGGUGGAGAUGGUGGCCAGGCUUGACAAUGUGAUUGUGGAGGUGGAAGAGCUGGGGACGAUUGCAUGCUUCAAGGAGUACACUGGCGGUGAUGAGAUUACCAUGACAGUGUCUGCAACUGCUGUGGAUGUUAUCCACAAUCAGUUGCCUUCUCAUGCGGAUUGAUGUGGUGGGGGUGGGUUUAUCAUUUUAAGCUUAAGCAUGCAUAUUUUAGAGACAAAAGUAAUUUAAGAAAGAUUAAUCUCAUUA